GUGGCAGCCUUGUCUGUGGAUGACCUCCGGAAGACGGCGAAAUGGGCGAAACACCUUGUCGCGGCAUCAUGUCGCAAAGCGGCCAAGGACACAAGCGUGGCGAGAGCUGUGUGGCAGGAAUCUCUUGAUCAGGCCCAGAAAGGGUGGCUUCGCGGACCGUUCAGUUCUUCGGAGAUCGAUGCCCGAGUUGGCCCAGAUUGGGUCGCGUCGAAGAGGUUCGGCAUAGUACAAGGAGAGAAAAUCCGUGCAGUAGAUGACGUAUCCGAACACAUGGUCAACUCUACUGUCUCCGAGUCGGAGAAGAUAGUUCUCGAUGGGGUUGAUGAAAUUUUGGCUGUGGCACGCUUUUUCGGAGGGGCGACCACCAGGGGAGUGCCAGAAUUCAAGCUCCCCGCACAGGACGGCACUGAUAGGUGGGCGUCUGUGCUCGCAGUCUUGGAUGUUGAUCACGAUCGCGUCAUGUUCUUCGAAUCCCUGGCACUGCCGUUCGGUGCGACAAGUUCAGUCACAGGAUUCAAUAAAACAGCCAGAGCACUUCGGAUCAUUAUGAUAAGGCUCUUUUGCUUGGUGUGCACAUCAUUUUACGACGACUUCUGCCAGUUGGAGCUUCUUGACCUUGUGGAGUCUGCAAGCGAAACUGCUCUAUCCCUGUUGGAGCUUCUUGGAUGGGAGGUUGCCAAGGGUGAAAAGUUGCAAGGUUUUGCCGACACCUUCAAUAUGCUUGGAGCCAGGAUUUCUUUUGCAGAAAUGCCAAGAGGCCUUGUUAUGGUUUCCAACAAACCUGGCCGGCUUGGGGAUAUCGAGAAGCUUUUGGGUGCCAUGGCUGCGCGGGGGAACGGAUCCCUGGACCUUAUCCCGUCCUUGAAGGGCAAGUUGUUGUUCGCUGCGUCGCAUGUGUUCGGCAAGUGCAGUCAGAUCGCGAUUCAGGCCAUCAGGACUGUGAGCCUUUGGUCGGAGCAACCACCCGUUGUUGUUUAUACCGAUGGUGCAUGCGAGGCGCUCGUGCUGAAAUGGCGGCGGUCCGGCAGGACGCAACUGAUCUUCUUCACCGAAAUCCUCCCCAUUCUUGUGGCCAAGAAGACAUGGAGUGAGAUUUUGAAGAAUCGCAGGGUUUUCUUUUACAUCGAUAAUGAGGCUGCGAAGGCGGCGCUGAUACGUGGUUUCUCGCCCCUUCUUGAUGCUUCAGAUCUGUUGUUUGAGAUUUUCGAGCAGGAUGUGCUGCUGCGAUGCUUGCCUUGGUACUCCCGGGUACCCUCAAAGAGCAACUGCGCUGAUGCGGCUUCGCGCCUGGAGUUCGAUGUGUGUGGCAGUGACUUCACAAAGGUUCAGCCUGUGCUGGUGUGA